AUGGAAUACAAACUUGAAUUUUUAAGCUAUUUACUUAUUUUUAAAAAAAAGAAUGAAAAGAUAUCAAAAUUUGAUGAACAAAUAAAGACAUGUAUUAAUAUAUUUGAAAAGCCAAUAAUAAAUGAAAACGAUUUAAAAUAUCUUUUUGAAAGGAAUAUCUUGGAUAUCAACCCAGGUGUCCGUUCCAUGUGUUGGAAAUUAGCUUUAAAGCAUUUAAGCUUAGAUUCAAAUAAAUGGAAUACAGAAUUAAUUGAAAAAAAAAAAUUAUACGAGGAAUAUAUAAAAUCGUUUGUCAUUAAUCCUUAUUAUUCUUGUGUAGAUAAUAAGAAAAAGGAAUUUGUUAAAGAAAAAGAAAAUAAAACAAAGGAUAAAAAUAUAAAGGAUGAAUAUAUUGAAUACAAUAUUCAUAGAAACAAAACAUAUUAUAAUAAAGAUGAUUCAUUAUUAAAAUUACAAAAUGAAAAUAAUAAUAAACACAUGGAUUAUUUAGAGGAUGAAAAUUAUUCAAGUAUGGAUGAUGAAUGUUCAGAAGAUAACUGGUUACAUUCUGAAUUGUUCAGUCAAAUAAAUAAAGACACCUUUAGAACUCGACCAGAACUUUCCUUUUUUAAUUUAAAUCCACAACAAACUAUUAACAGUAAUAUAAAAAUAUUAAACAGUUUAAUUAGUACUGAAACAUUUGAUGAAGAAGAACAAAAAGAAAAAAAAAAAAAUAAUUUGGAAGAUACAGAAGGAGAACAUAUUCCUUACUUAGUAAAUAUAAACAAUGUGAAUAAUUUUAAUAAUAAUGAAACAAUUAAGUUUUAUAAUAAAAUAAUAGAUAACAAAAAUAAUACUCAUGAUAAAAAAGUGGAGAGGAGUCAAUUAAAAAAUGACAAAAAAGAAAAUUCCAGUGAUAAUAAAAGUAAAUGUGUUGAUAAGGAUAAAAAUAUAUGUGAUAGUAAUGAUAAACAUAUAUAUGAUAAUAAUGAUAAAAAUAUAUGUGAUAGUAAUCAUAAACAUAUAUAUGAUAAUAAUGAUAAAAAAAUAUAUGAUAAUAAUGAUAAACAUAUAUAUGAUAAUAAUGAUAAACAUAUAUAUGAUAAUAACGAUAAACAUAUAUAUGAUAAUAACGAUAAACAUAUAUAUAAUAAUAAUGAUAAACAUAUAUAUAAUAAUAAUGAUAAAAAUAUAUAUGAUAAUAAUGAUAAAAGUACAUAUCUUCAUAAUAAUUUAUCAAACGAUGAAACCCAAAGCAACAAGAACCUAUUUCCUGAACAAUAUAAAAAUAAAAAUGUCUAUAAAAAUGAUAGGCAUACUUUUUCAGAAGUAUGUGAUAUAAUAAAACCAAAAAGACAUUACGAUUUGUUAUGCAGGAUUUUAUUUAUCUAUGCUAAAAUUCAUCCUUAUGUUAAAUAUGUUCAGGGUAUGAAUGAAAUAUUAGCCCCAUUGUAUUUUAUUAUAUUUAAUGAUCCUUUAUGUAAUUGUUCUUUACAAGGAGAAGCAGAUACUUUUUUUUGUUUUCUUGAAUUAAUGCAAAGACAGAAAGAUGUUUUUUGUGAAGGUCUUGAUAAUACAGAUGAUGGUAUUAAUGGCAAGUUAAAGAAGUUUUCCCUUUUAUUAAAAAUAAAAGAAUAUGAAAUAUGGAAAAAAUUAUAUAUUUUAAAAAUAGAAACUCAAUAUUAUGCCUUAAAAUGGAUAUUGUUAUUAUUAACACAAGAAUUUGAUAUGGCUGAUACUAUAAUAUUAUAUGAUCAUUUUAUUAUUAAUAAUAAUGAAAAUUUUAUUUUAUAUAUAUGUUUAGUUAUAUGUAGUAAAUUAAAAAAUUAUUUAUUAUGUGGUAAUUUUACCGUGAACCUAAAAUUAUUACAAAAUAUUCCUCCUUUUGAUCCAUAUGAGAUAAUAAAUGAAGCAAAAUAUUUAAUGAAUUCAGAUAUCGAAAAUAAUAUUAAUAUAACCGAUAUAUAUAAUGAAUAUAUUAGUCAAAAGAAAAGGAAUAAUGCUUUACAAAAUAUUAAAUAUGAUGAAUCUUCUCUUGAAGUAUUAAAUGAAAUUCAAACGCCAUCAGACCAAAAUGAUAGCACAUUAAAUAGAACAGCAAACCUUAUUACUAAUAUAAAAAAUAAAUUUAUUGUUCAAAAUAUUAAAAAUUACAUUACUAAAAAGAAAAUUGAUCUGACCAAAAGGUUUGAUGAAAAUAUCCAUGAAGAAUAA